UUGAUUUAUUGAUCAUUCUCUACUGAAUGCCAAACAUUUGGUAAUUUUGACAUAUAGUCUUGGUGAGGGAACAGUCUACAUUUUUCCAUUAGUAGCAAGAGAUCUUUUAUAUACAGCGUAAUGCACCAUCUCACGAUAGGCUAGCACAUACCACGGCCUUUGAUGCACUAGUUAUUGUACACUGGCUGGAACGAGACCAAUGGGCCAACCUGCGCUGCAUCAAACAAAUGCUUGACCACUGAGCUAUGUCCCACCGUUUUCACUUCAUUAAUUAAAGUUCUCUCAUUUCUGUUUUGUUUUAACUGAAAGUGACACGUCAUCGAAUGCAGCUUGCUUACAAUGCAGUAGUACGAAAUUGGUAAACUUUUGUUGUCUUAGCAAUGACGUAGCCAGCAUGAGGUGGUCUGGAAUUUCCCCAGAUUUAUUUUAUUUUCCCCAUGACAUUCGACUGGUAUUUAUUUUACAGGUCUGGGUUUUCCUCGGCGUUUUGUUUUUUUCUCUCUGGCUACGCUCCAGCUUAGUAUAUAUCGUUAUUUAUUUGAUUAUUUAGUCAUAACGCCGCAUUAUGUGGAACUUAAAAUUUACAAUGUAUGUCAACACAAAUUAUUAAUAGCGGGGCGAUGUCCGCUGAUUUUUUAUUGAUUUUUUUUUUGUCGUUUUUAAUGAUAGAGUUAUUUCCCUUAGACGUUGCCGUGCGACCAGAACUUUCAGAGUGCUCGUUAUGUGUCAAAUUAUUGCUGAAGAUGUGAAGUUCUGUUGACCAUUGGCACAACGUAAAGAAGUCACUGGUUGCAGCAAGCAUGGAUCUCUCGGAGAUCUAUGAGGUUGGGGCGAGUGAGAAGGUGCAGGAGCUGGAGAAUGAACUUAAGAUAGAGCUUGAAGAACUCCGAGGAGAGAUGGAAGAAGCCACAGUAACCUCUUUUCCACUUCCAAAAGAUAUUGUUCAUUUUCGAACUGAAAGGAAACUUAUUCUAAAGAGAGCACUGGAGGUCAGUGAGGCAAGACCAUUAGCUAUUCAAGCAGAACAGAUGAAAGAAGAAAUGAUGAAUGCAACACAACAGGAAUACACAGCACAGAAUAUUUCUCUGUUGUUGCAUCAACAUUUUACUGAAAGAAUUCAACAACUGGUUCAAAGUCGCCAUUCACACAUGUUGCGCUGGAAGCGGUUUUGUGAACACACUUCUACCAUUGAGGUUAUGUACCCAUUAUACAAGGAGAAAUUGAGUAAGAUAUUAGCGGAAUACCAUGACAAUAUGCAGCGUGCUCAGAGACUGUCGGUAGCAAGGGAAUUCCUGUUCUCGGGGAAUGAGACGCCCAUCAGUGUGCUCAAGAUGGAGGAUCUACGUAUAUACCUCAGGUGGCUGGUCUGUCAUCUUCAUUCUGUCAAGAAGUUCAACCAGUAUAUGAAGAUCAUACAAUGGCUGCCUGUUACACACAAAGAUCUAUUAAGUGUUGCAGAUAUAAAAUCUUCUCGUUCAGAGUCAAUACUACAAAGAAUCACGAAGAAGAGGAAAUUUUUGAAGCCUGUUGAACAGAAAGAACAACUUGAUGAUUCCCAAACUGAGUAUCAGGAGGAAGCCAGUGACUUUUUUGGCAGAUCACUGUCACCACGACCAAGUUCUGCGUCGCCAGCCCCUUCACCGACGCCAGUGCCUGUUCCACCACCGAUUCACCCAGCACUCGUAUCCAGCAACCCACUGCCACUGAGCUCACUCGCUAUGUUAAACGCUGCUGCUGCUGCUGUUCGGUUUAUGGUCCAUCUUAAGGGUCCAAGAGGUGGACUGGCAUCUGAUGAAAAAAGCUUUUGUUUGCCACUACAUGUGAAUGACUUUGUUAGUCUAAAACCACAUAUCGCUUUUCUAAUCAACAUUUAUGGCAUCAGUUAUGAUCUUGAGUCUGUUAAAAACUCGGCAGACGAGAUGGAGAUGUUUGCUGCAGUCAGCCGGAAAUUCAAGCAGGCUUUCCAGAAGCAGGAACAUAUGAGGGUGUUCAAGCUGUAUGACAGGACUGAGCUUGGUGAUGAUAUGUGGGCCACUGGUUCCGCUACCCACGCUCUGAAGAAAGAUUCUAACUGGCUGCAGUUCAUAAAGCUGAAACCCGAGACAGACCAGGAGCAGGAGAAGCACUGGACUCGGAUGAGGCAGGACAACAUCAUUGAUGAACUGCUUCGUGUUGAGGCUCACUUCCUCAAGGUUUCUGAUGUCGAGCAAGUCCAAGACACUUUGAAGGAUCAUGCAAAGUUUGUGUGCAAUCCACCUGUGAUUAAUCCAGUUUCGGUAACUUCUCACCGCACACACUUCAGUACGAGCAAUGUGUGGAGGAAAAUCUACGGAAAUCCAGACCUAUACAAAGAUUGUAAUGAAGACACUCGUUUUGAUGAGUUUGAUGAAAAUCUGACAGAAAGUGGGCCAUCUAAAUCUGCAACUGCACGGAAGCGAAAAGAAAGCUUUGACUAUAUGACUUCAAUACAAAUGCUAGGUCUGGAUGAAGAGGAACAUGACCGGGGAAGUGCUGUGAAUAUUCAAGGAGCCUUUCUUUCCUUUCUGGAACUUCGUCACCUUCGAAUCAGGGACUUGCAGAGAACAUGCUUGAGUAUUCUGAACUAUUUUCGGUCAAUUGAGCGAACAUUGACGAUCAAUGAUGUUGGGCUAUCUCAUGAAGGAGGCGUCUACACAAAAAAGAGCGCUCAGAAUCACCGCAAUCACACGGAGACAAGCGGAACGGUGGGUGGAGGAGGUGGUUUGGGCUCUCACACGUAUCUACACAACACACCAGCUGACUUCAAAGUAAGUGAGUCAGAGUUUGUGGAGUUUGAUGAGGUGGAAAACCAUGAUGACUUUUACUCCAGUAGUGAUGGGCGUGUCCAUGUGCAAGACCAGCGUGGAUAUUACAUAAUGUAUGAUGCUGCGUUAAAUGACAUGAAGACACUGGAAAAUAACCUGUUGCUAGUUGCAUCUAUGUUCAUUGAGAAAGAUCGAGAGUUGAGACAAGAAACCAAUAUCAAGGGAAUGGACUCGUCUCGUAAACAUUCGCAACAGACUGCUGGAGACUUUAACAUCUCUGAUUAUGCACAUCAAGGGGUUGAUCGGUUCGGAGUUCUCCUUGAUUUGUGGAGCAGUCAUACUGCAUUCCUGGAAUGCAAAAGAGAGCUGCUUGACUGUUAUUAUGAGGCCUAUCAGCAUGUGUUUGACAGAGACGAGAGAAGAAACCUGGCACAGGUGAUCACCAACGUGAUGGGUCGGGCCCCACGAUUUGAUUUCAGCGGAAUUUAUUUUGUCCGCACUUACCGAAGUGAAUGCACCAUCCUACAUUACUACUCCACUCUGGUCAAGAAAAUUCUCAAUGCACAGAUUGAAGAUAACAGGGCAUACAUUCAGCGUGUAUCUCGUGAAGAGGAUUCCCAAUAUGGUCUCCCAAACAAAAUCGUUACGAAACAGCCAAUUUCUGUCAAUCUCAGCAGAUCAGCACUGAAGAAUAUCUACAUGCUAGAGUUCCACCCAAGCCUUGCAAUAGCUAGCCGGAUACCUGAUGCCUUUAAGCAUGCAUAUUGGGAACUGGUUCACAUCCAUCGACCGGAAAAUGUGCAAGCCUGUCUAAAGUUGGAGAAAAAACUUCUCAAACUGGGUCAUGAAGAGUGGGACAGGAUGGAAUGCAUUGGAAAAUCAUUUUCAAAGCAGCUGCAAAAAGAUCUGUUUCAUGACGUGUACAUGGAAGAUCCUCUGUUCAUGUGUGCCGCAUCUCAAUCACUGAUUGUAGAGCAGGAAUCUCAGGGUGGAAGUAAUCGGUCCUCCAAAGAGAAGCGGACCAUUAUGGUUUCUGUCCUCACCAGAGUGCUCGAGGCAAUCACAACUCGUCACCGAUUACUUGAUUCUUGUUGGGAGACUGAGAUUUUAUCAAAGCAUUACAGGAAACAGGCUGGUGAUAUGGGCUUUGAAGAGUUCCACUUGUUCAUGAGGUUUGUUCAGUUUGAGUUUGCCAAUUACAAAGACGAUGCUGGAAAGCCACCUCCAAUCUUCAUCACAUCCAUCCAAGAGGAUGACUCUGCUUUAGACAAAUACACGCCAUCAUUCUUGUCCCUAGCAAUACAUGAACUAGACGAGGGACAUGUGGGACGGUUCUCGUUUCACAACAAGGAUGGCUUUCUGCAGGUGUUGCGACCUGGUGGUUUGGAGAGUCUGCAGGUGACUUUAAAGACACAGAUAGUGCACAAGAAUGCUCUGAUUGCAGCAGUUCUGCAGGCCAAUAACUGCCUUUCCGACAGACACGAGGAAGUGAAAACUGGUGGACGUGCCAGCCCGAUGGAAACAAAAAGUGAAAAGAGUUCCACAACUCAGUACACUGGUUUCUCUAGUGGCACACAGAGAACCAGUCUAGGUGACAAGUUGAAUCCUGAACAGAGCAAAGGUCGACGUUCAGCUGAUGCCUUCGUCUCCAUUCAGAUGGAAAAGACCCCAAGUCGAGAUAUCAUGCUAAAUGAAUUUGUUGAGAAAAAAGCUCAGAUGGGUACCAUUUUAAAGAACCCGGAUGAACUUGAAAAACUGAAAAGGAAACUGAUCUCAGAUUUUUGUGAGAAUUUCAACCUGCGAGUUUCACAAUUUUCUCUGAGGGCUCAAAUUAUUGCUUACUACAGUAGCAUUCUGACACUGCUUGAAGAAUUUCCAUCUAUCAAAGAAACCUAUUUUAUGCUUGGGGAUCGGAAUGAGAAGAAGACAGGAAAAGAUACUUUGGAAGGUCUGAAAGAUGAUCCCAGGACAAUUAGUCCCCGUCCACGCCGAGUGCUGUCAGCCAAUGGUCAGUAUGUCCUGAACAUCUGGUUUAUUCCUCACUACACGGAAAUCCUGGUCAUGUACAAGACUCUUGAUGACAUGAAGUGUGCCAGAGCACUCAACUACAGCCUGUGUAUUGCAGCCACUCUGCAUGACAUGCUGCACUACCUGUGUGCCCACUCCAAGCUGGGCACUCCGUACUCCAGUGUGUCCUCACAGAAACAAGGGUCCGUGUCGGCAGAUUGGGGUGGCAGUGAAGGAGUGGGAGCAGAGUUGAGGCAUAUUCAGAAGCAGAUUAACCAUCUCCCGCAUCCAUCUGAUCCUUCUGAGGUGGUUGAUUUUCUCACUCUGCGACGUGACGUCAUGUUCCUGCAGUUUGACACUGCAGUACGUCACUGCAUGACUGAUACUUUCCUGUCUACUGGAAAUAUGGAGGGUUUUAAGUCCAUCACUGAAAACAUGUACCAUGCUCUACCAGCGCUGAGCAACGUUCAGAAACCUAGCAUCUACAGCAUUUACAUGUCUAUACCCGAACCCCUGGAACCAAGAGACUUCCAGGCCAGGCAGCUGUAUCCAUGGAGAUCAUUCAAUGGAAGAAGUGGGAUCUACCCGUUGGUGUACUGGCAGUGGCAUCUAAUAGAGCACCACAUACAGACGUGUCUCGCAGGACUUAAAGAUGUCGAAAGACACGUUGCCAACGGUGAAAUUCUUGGCGUGACCUUGUUAAUGGAAGAUGUGCUAGCAACUGGCUUUCAGGACAAUGAACCUGUAUGUAAUAUUGAAGUUGAGGAUCAUAAAUCAAGGAAAAGUAUUUCUGGAUCUUCAUUCAGUUUCGCUAAAGUGGGCAGAAUGAACCAAGAAACCAUGGAAGAGAGGAAUCUAGUUGAUAUACCCCUGUCCACCAUUCACGAACCAGUGGAAGCCUAUAUACUGCUAAAGUUCUUCUUGAAACUCUGGAAGUGUCUGGAGCUAGCCAAGCAUGACUGGGGUCGAAGAAAGCUUCAAGUGCAAACAAUCGAUAAAUCACGACUGUUCAGAGAAUUUUGCAAGAUCUACCGUGCUGAAAUACUGCUGCCAGUACUGCAGAGUGUGGCUCGGCGGCUCGGACAGGGUGAUCUGUAUGAGGGGCAGGUCCUCGAUACGGACAUGCUGGUCAUGCCACACGGAGCAUCAGAAAUUGAAGUCCGCGCAAAACAGCUGGUUAGACUGUUUGAAACAAUGGAGUGUCACAUGAUCAACGAAAUCCGAAAGAAAGUCGCAAAGGAGUCGUCACUGUCCAUAUCAGAGCGAGUACGUGAAGAGGAUGCAUUGCCGACGGACCUGUGGAAAAAACCUGUGAUGAAGGAAAGUUACACUGUAGCGAGACCCCACCUGGCAGAGACCUUUAUUGAUGAGUUGAUGUCAGACUACAAGGAAAAUGAGGAGACCAUUACUUUCUCAAAGGAACACUUUCACAGAUGUUGUGGAUCACUCUCCCGGGCCGUUAUGGCAAGAGAAAAAGCCAGCUUUCUCAGUUAUAGCAUGUACUACGAAAACCUAUUGAGAGUUCAUCACCACCUUCUAUAUCAGAAAGAGCUGGAGAUUCAGCAUGUCCAGGAUCUGCUGAAGACGGCACAGUUCAACCAAACAGUGGACGUCCAGUAUCAGCUGGGAAGUCAGGCACACGAUCUCAUCAUGGAGGUGACAGCUUUGCGAGCUAAAGUUGCUGAAAUGCGGAAUAUGAGUUUAACCCAGGAACGUGACAUCAGAGAGAAGGUCAAGGCCGAGUAUGAUGAUCUGAUCCAGAAUAUGUUUAACUCAACAUUUCAACUCCGGGCCAAGUUUGAUGAAUUCAGGGGUGACCUGUAUGAUGAUGUGUUUGAUAAAAUCAAAGAGACGCGGCGAAUUGCGAUCGAAGAAAUGUGUGAACUACAGAAGAAGUCUGGCAGCACUGGAGGUCACCAGCACUUGUUGGACUAUCUUGGGCACACUGAUCAGAUGCGAAACCUGCAGCAUGAAAACCACAACCUGAGUAGCCUGGUGUUGAAGAUGAAGGCCAUGAAUCGCUGGAGACAAAAUCACUACACUAACAACUUCCACAGGAAGAUUGGUGAGCUGAGUGGUAACGCUGACGACAGCAAGAAGGAGGUGAUACAGGUGAAGAUGCUGGCCGAGGAGAAGUCGAUAUUGUUACAGCAAGAGCUGGAGGCCAUAAAGAAAGCCUUGACCACCGCGGAGAAGGAGUGUGAAGAGGUCCGCAAGAGACUGGAAAAGGAGCUGAAGAUUAAGAUGGAAAAGGCUCAUGAACUAAAACAGAAGAGACGUAGUAAAAAGCAACUUGAACAAGCUAAACAAGCCAACAUUGAAAAACUGCUGGAGGAGCUGGAAGACAAGGAGAUGCGGCUGGCGAUGUUGACGGAGGAGCAGGAUCGGUCAGGGCGGCUGCAGCAGCUGAUGCAGGAGAAGGUGAAGAAGGACGUGGAGGGCAUCAAGAAGCGACUGCUGCACGAACGCAGCCUCAAGCUGGACGCCUUCCAGAGGGUGGACGAGCUGCAGGCUGCGGUUUAUGAUUAUGAGGAUUUGAUGACUACUGGCUCACAGUACAUGGCCACACCACCAGCGUCAGCAAAGCCCGUCAUCCGUGCGACGUCGGCCGGGACUCGAGGUUUGCGAAGCUCUCUCAGCAGUCGGUCAGGAUUGACGUCGGGUGGGGUGUGGCCUCCACCUAUCACCUGGCCCUCAAACCGGGCGAUGUCACCGCUAGAAGGAGGCUUGUUAAACAAUGCAGACUGGAAACAAAUGCAGAGACCUAAAACAUUGCCUAAUAUUACACAAGUUGGUGGCAGAUUUCGAACUCAGAUUGCUGAACAACUUUUGAAUGAACUUGAACCGAAUCAUCAAACAAUGAUUGAGGAAUUGCAGUUAUAAACAUCUGUGCAAAAUUUGAAAAAUGUUUUUUUAAAUCAGCAUGCAUAGGCUAGUGCAUACUAACUCGUCUAAAGAUGGGUUUUUGAAAACUGUAUUUCAAGUCAAACUUUCUUUAGUCUCGAGUUUGACUGAAAGGAUUUCAGACUUAUUGUUACUCUAGUGCGAUUUUUUUAUUGUAAAUGUUACACAAAUGACAUAAUUGGACAAACUUAACAUAAUUUUAUGUCAGUUUGCCUGUAGUCUAGUCUAAGGAGUCUGUUCCGUGCAAAUAUAAUGUGUGUCUGUUUAUCCAGAAUAUAUUAAUGGACAUAUUGGAUAUAUUAAUCAGUCGCAGAUUCUGAAAUGGAAUUUAUUUUGAAUUAUACUUGUUUUAUACUGUUGACUUUGAAAACAAUUUGAAGCAGUGAAUUGAAUACUAUUAUACUUUUGCCUUUGAUCUGAGAUAAGCCAACAAAGUACUAUGUCCUGUAUUGUUGUAAUGUUGUUUUAGUCGCAACAUGUGUAGAUGAGCACUACAUUAGUGGUAUAUACAGGUGUUUUAACAUAUAGACUUUAGUAUUUUGUGAGCUAUGAUACAUUGUAUGUAUAUUCCAAAUACAUAUGAAUAUGUAUGAAGUAAUGUAUUCCAAAGAGUACUGGAGCUGAUAGAAUUACAGUUUACAGCACUUGUAUAAUUUGACUAGCAUAGUAACUACUUUUCUUAGUUUUCUUUCUGGAAGUAUUUUUAUACAAGUUCUGUAAUACAUAAUAGUUGAUUUUUCUUUCUUUUUCAAGUAUGGUUACACUUAUGGGUUUUGGGGAAUACUUUUCAAAUACACCAAAGACUCAGCUUAUUUCUUUUAAACAGUUUCAAUGUUGUUUAACAGUGUUAUUAGUUAAUGUAUAAAUGACGCUAACUUAUUUACUGCCUGUGUGGAACUGUUGCAUAAUUAACUGUGAUAUUAGUUUUGUUUUUAUAAUAAGUUAUUGUCUAUAACGAUUCUGUGAUAUAUUUUUAUGUCAAAUAAGCAUGUGCAUAGUACAGAUAUAACAUUCUGUCUUGUUGAUAGAGAAUUUUGUGUAGUCAUUGUUUUGUUUGCAAAGUUGCAUAAUAUUUAUUACAUCUUGUGCACAAAAUAGUAACUUUAACCAAAUGGUACCUUUCACUUUUUUUUUUGGCAAUGCCUCAAUAUAUUGAGCUGACAUUUUGUGUAUAACUUUAUCUGUUACAGAUCAAGUUUGACUUUCAUGGCAGUUCAUUCAUUCAUCACAGCAUUAUGGCCCUUUAAUGUAGGAGAUACGAACAUCUGUUGGGCUCUGUAGGGGACAUGUAUUGCUUUAGCAGUACUCCCAGAAUGCUGGUUUAAUGUAAAUAAUCCUAUGUUUCUAGAAAGACUAAAUAGAUUUGUUCAACGAUUUCAGUGUUAUUAAUUAUAAAUGACAACAACUUUUGUUCUCUUUAUGAAACAGUUGUAUAAUUGACAUUUUCAUUAAUCUUUUUCUUUUUUGAUAAUAAUUUUAAAAUUAAUUUUGUAUAUUUACUUAUAUAUGAAUUAUUGUUUACGGUCCAUAAUUAUAUCAGAUAGCAUUUCUACUAUAUGUUUAGUAUGCUGUUAAUGUUAAUGAUACAUUCAGUAGGGUCAGUUCUUAAUAUUUUAGUUACUAAUGAUAGACAAAACUGUUUGGCUUAAAACAAUUAUAUGGUAUUUGUUGUAUUGUUUCCACAUAAAACCACAAAAGUUAUAACUGGCAAUAAUAACCACAAAUUUGUUUGUAAUGUCAUGUCCAUUUUUUCCAUUUUGUCAUACAUCAUUCUGAUAUAUAGAUUCUUACAAGGAUUAGUUAAAUUAUAAUUACUUGUUAUUUUUAUUUGUUAAAGAAUUAAAAUCUGGAUAUCAUAAUAAAGUAAUUUAAAUAUUCCUAUGUUACUUAAACUUUCAGGUUUAAUUUCUUUAAUCAUCUUUAAGCAAGCCGAUUCAUUUAUUAUAACCAGUUAUAGUGUGCGUCGAAAUGCAGGCUUAAUUUCAAUGUUACUUUGUCUUUAAUUUUAUAAAAUAAUGUUGGGUUUUUUUAUUGAAAGCUGUUUCCAAAUUAUUGCCUUACAUUAUUGCACUUUUCUUUUUAAUGUGCCUAGUAUUUAGUACUAGUAUGGUAUUUCUUUGUGAUAAUAUCGGGGCCAUUAAUGUCUCUAAACAUCUGUGAUAUACUGGAAACAUUGUUAAAAGAUCUUGGAUCUACUCACUGUGUCUUUACAACAUAUGAUGAUUCUAGUUAAAUUGUUUAAGAGAUCUAGUAGUAACUAGGUAUUGUAGUCUGAAGAUUUACACAGACAGUACCACCCCCCCCCCCCCCAAAAAAAAAAAAAAAAAAAAAAUCUAUAUCAUUAUUUGUUAAAAUGUGAAUCUUCAGAGAAUGUGUAGUUCUUUGAAAAUACUAUUUAUUAUGAUCCAAAUGAAUAUUUAUUUAUUUAGAAGGUUGAAGAAAACAGCUAAAAUUAUUAAUUAAGAGGUUUUACUUUAUUAUGCAUAAAUAUUUGUGUUUGUUGUGAAAAGAGACAAUAGAAAACACCUAUUCCAUUUAGAGAUUAUAUUAUAUUGCUAAAACUAGCAAACUUGAACAGCUUCUUGCCAACUGAACAAAACUAUUCUUGUAAAAUAAAUGUUUAGUUCUUGUUAAUGUGAUAUUAUUGUUAUUAUUUAGGGGUAAAAAUUAUUCAUGUGAAAUUUUAUUUUUUUAUCACCCUUAAUGCCUAAUACUGGUAUUACAAAAUACAUGUAUUACAUUGUUUAUUGCUACAGAUAUAACAGGCAUGUGCGCAGAAGAGGGGUUGAGGGGCCCCCCAAAAAAUGUUCGCCAGUUUAGACCCCUCUUGCACAAUUUCCUGCACACAUACUUGUAUCACUAUACCAUGUGUAUAUAUAUAUAUAUAGAGAGAGAGAGAAGUGUUAAAACAUUUCAGCUUUAAGAUAAAAAUUUCCAUACAAACCAAUAAAUAUAAGAAAAAGUU